AUGCAAAAGCGCAAAAGAACUUAUACACCUGAACAACAGCUAGCAUAUAGAAGAAAUGAAUCAGAAAAAAGACAAGCCUGUUGUAAGCAUCAGUUAGUGACUAAUAAUAAAAAUAAAGUAUUAUCUGCUUGUCAACUUACUGAUGAUGAUUACAAUUUUCUUAAAAAAUUCUGUGAUACAGUUACAGAACUCAAAUAUAAUUAUUGUCCUAUAUGUAAAGAAUGCUUUCUUUCAAUUACAUUAAAUUAUAAAACUGGCAAUUGUAAUAAAUGUAGUAGAGACAAAUUAAUACCAAAAAGGUUUUCACUAGAGAAUGAUAUGGAUUCAGAAGAAGUACCAUCUGAGUUACCUCAUCUUAGCCAAGUUGAAGAAAUGUUAAUUUCACAAGUUCUUCCUAUGUUAACCAUCUUUAAUCUUCGAGGUGGACAGCUUGAGUAUAGAGGACAUUUGUUUGAUGAAUUGGACAAGAUUGUAUUACAUUCUAAGACUUUAAAGUCAAACAUUCAAAUAUAUUAG